AAAUGAGCUCGUGCUGAGCUCUUAGACAUGGGGUCAACUACAGGAAUCCAGUCUGUCUAAAUACGUAUCGUACGGACAUGCUAACCCCGGCGAAGGAUCGUUCCUUGCGGAGGGUACAAGCUGUACAUCGAUUUGGCAGAGCGGACAGGACAGAUGGAGAUGCGAAGCAUUCAAUAAGGAAGAGUGCAAACCUGGGGGAUGAUAAUUACGGAUUACGCCCAAUUUUUCUCGAGGACGACGGCGGUCGAGAUAGAUGCUGAAACUAUUCAAAAGACGGGGCCCUUAGAGAACCUCGAGUUUACCUGUGUUUCCGAGGAGCCGUCAUGUUUGUUUGUUAGUUUUUAACGUGAUCGAAGCGGAUCACGAGAUGGAAAUUUCCUGGAGAGGGAUGUUUUGCAACAUCUGACACGAGAUUUGGGAGGCAGAGAUGGCCGUCGCUUAUCACCCGAUUUUGGCGCGCUGGUUUCCUGGUGGAGCUAGUUGCCUUAGACGAGGGUUUGCGUGACUGGGUACAAGGGGAAGAGCUAUGUCGCAUUGGUGAGGCUCUAGGCAGGAAUUGAAACUUUUAUAGAUGUGUUGAGAAGGUAUUUACGGUGUCGGGGUUAUGCAGAAGAUGGAGCCGGGAAAUGAUAAGAAUGCGGCAGUUAACGAUGUAGUGCGGUAAAUUCUUCGAAAAAGUCUUUGAAACUUUUGAAUGGGGAAAUCAACGGUACUCUGUGAAGGCUUCACUUACUUUUUUUGAGAUUUUACCGCCCUACAUGAGACAGUUUGAGCAGGAAAAUCAAUUCAGGAAAGGCAGGAAGCCCACGGAGAUGGUUAGAGUAUGGCUCGGAGGCUCUUCCACUGUAGUCAUACUGAGCUUGAUUGAGAAGACAAAUUAGUCUUAAGUGCAGUUGGACGAAGUUGUUCAAUACGGAUUUCCACGAAUUGUCAUGGUGGAGAUUUUGUUGUGUGAUGGAGAUUAGAAGGGUUGUGUGUUACUAGAGUUGCUAGUUUGCAGAUGCGAUCCAAGGAAUUGAACUCUAUGCACCUUCUCCAUUUUUCUGCUGUUCACUCCAUACCAAGCUUUACUUCCCUGAGGCACAACGUUUGAGAUCUGGAGUCCAUGGAGGACCCAGAACUCGAGGCCAAUACAUCGCCAGAAGACCCCAAUACUUUGGGGCCAACAGAUGUUGAGUACGAACAACAUGCUGCUGCGCGGGACGAAACGUAUGCUCCUUCAGAUUUUACACCAGCACCCUCAGCACCAGCACUACCUCCAGCUAGCCCGAAGGCCAAAGCGGAAGGCGAGAACGGUGAGGAUGGUGGAGUUCCAGGUGAUGAUUUGGAAAGUGCUCCAAUGGAAGAAGUGUUUCAAAAACUUAGGUGUACACCGAAAGGACUUACCACCCAGGAAGCCAACAUCAGACUUGAGCUUGUUGGGCCCAACAAGCUGGAAGAACACAAAGAGAGUUUGAUAUUGAAGUUUCUAGGUUUUAUGUGGAACCCUUUGUCCUGGGUUAUGGAGUUAGCAGCCUUGAUGGCUUUGGUUUUGGAUAACGGUGGUGGUUUGCCUCCAGAUUGGCAAGACUUUGUGGGCAUUGUUUGUCUACUGGUUAUAAAUUCAACUGUAAGCUACAUCGAAGAACAGAAUGCGGGUCAAGCAGCAGCAGCUUUGAUGCAGGCUCUUGCUCCGAAAGCUAAAAUCCUAAGAGAUGGAGCUUACAAAGAAGAUGAUGCAACCAUCCUUGUCCCUGGGGACAUCAUCACUGUGAAACUAGGGGAUAUUAUCCCUGCGGACUGUAGGUUGCUUGAGGGUGAUCCACUUUCAGUUGAUCAAUCGGCUUUAACAGGAGAAUCUGUGGCAGUCACGAAAAAAGCCGGAGACGAGGUGUUUUCAGGGUCAGUUUGCAAGCAAGGAGAGCUAGAGGCAGUUGUUAUUGCUACCGGAGUUCACACUUUUUUCGGCAAAGCAGCUCACUUGGUGGAUACCACUCAAAACGUUGGUCACUUUCAGAAGGUCCUUACACAGAUUGGUAAUUUUUGUAUAAUAACUAUCGCAGUUGGAUUAGUUAUUGAGAUGAUUGUAAUAUAUGCCGUUCAAAAGAGGAAGUAUCGUCAAGGGAUUGAAAAUAUGCUCGUCCUUCUUAUUGGAGGUAUCCCUAUAGCCAUGCCGACUGUUUUGUCAGUUACGAUGGCUGUUGGUUCACACGGGCUCGCAAAGCAAGGUGCUAUUGUUAAGCGAAUGACAGCCAUUGAGGAAAUGGCGGGCAUGGACAUACUGUGCUCAGAUAAAACAGGAACUCUCACUUUGAAUCGUCUCACUGUGGACAAAAGUAUCAUCGAAGUUUUGUCAAAGACAGCAGACAAGGAGCUCAUCCUUUUGACAGCCGCCUAUGCAUCUCGUAUAGAGAACCAGGAUGCCAUUGACCUUGCGAUCACAAACAUGUUGGGUGAUCCGAAAGAGGCUCGUGAUGGAAUCGAAGAAGUUCACUUUUUACCUUUCAAUCCUACUGAUAAGCGAACGGCCAUGACUUACACUACCGCAGAUGGAAAAAUGCACAGAGCAACCAAGGGUGCCCCCGAACAAAUUCUUGAACUCGCUGCAAAUAAGAACGAAAUAGAGAAGAAGGUCCAUGAAAUUAUAGAAAGAUUUGCAGACAGGGGCUUGCGAAGUCUUGGCGUUGCAUCCCAGGACGUUCCAGACGGUGUGAAAGAAAGUGAAGGUGGGCCAUGGGAAUUCUUAGGCUUAGUGCCUUUGUUUGACCCUCCCAGACAUGACACCGCCGACACAGUAAAGCGUGCUUUGGAACUUGGGGUGCAUGUCAAAAUGAUUACCGGAGACCAACUUGCUAUAGCUAAAGAAACUGGGAGAAGGCUUGGUAUGGGCACCAAUAUGUAUCCUUCUUCUGUAUUGUUUGGUAAAGGGGGUAAUGAAGCUCCAGAGUCUACGGAGGAUGGUGAACUUGUUGAGCACGCUGAUGGAUUUGCAGGAGUGUUUCCUGAACACAAGUUCAACAUCGUUAAGAAGUUACAGGACAGAAAGCACAUCUGCGGGAUGACGGGAGACGGUGUUAAUGAUGCUCCAGCUCUGAAGAAAGCUGACAUCGGCAUAGCGGUCGCUGAUGCAACAGAUGCGGCUCGCAAUGCUGCAGACAUCGUUUUAACUCAGCCAGGUUUGAGUGUGAUCAUAUCUGCUAUACUUACAUCCAGAUGCAUUUUUCAGCGGAUGAAAAAUUACACCAUAUAUGCUGUAUCUAUCACGAUCCGUAUCGUCUUGGGCUUCAUGUUGAUGGCUCUGAUCUGGAAAUUCGACUUUUCGCCUUUUAUGAUUCUUAUUAUUGCUAUCCUGAACGAUGGUACUAUCAUGACCAUAGCCAAGGAUAUUGUGACACCUUCUUUGACACCUGACUCCUGGAAGCUGAAAGAGCUUUUUAUACAAGGAAGCUGUCUUGGUGGAUAUAUGGCCAUGAUGACGGUUGUAUUCUACUUUCUCAUGCACGAGACUGUGUUUUUUGAGACCCAUUUCAAGGUACGGAGCGUUAAGAAUAGCAGAUAUGAGGAAACCGCUGUGAUUUAUCUGCAAGUCAGUGUUAUCAGUCAGGCACUGAUAUUUGUGUGCCGAUCUAAAUCAUGGUCCUUUCUGGAAAGACCCGGGUUUUUCCUGGUCGUGGCUUUUGCUAUAGCCCAGCUUAUUGCAACUAUUAUUGCAGUUUAUGCAAACUGGCCAUUCGCCAGAAUCAGGGGGUGUGGAUGGGGCUGGGCAGGAAUCACAUGGCUCUACAAUAUUGUUUGGUAUCUUCCAUUGGAUGCGAUCAAGAUCAUUUGUCGCUACCUAUUGACCGGAGAUGCUUGGGGUCUUCUGACGGAGCAAAAAGUAGCUUUCAGCCGUCAGUCGAACUAUGGACAGCAAGCUCGACAGGCACAGUGGGUUGCUUUCUCACGAGCUGAUGGACUCGGUGGUGAUCCUUCGACCGCUCAUAGACAAAGCCUUGCCAAACCCAGAAGCUCUGUUCGUAAAUCUCAUGUACCCUUCAAACCUACACCUACUGGUAUUUACAAUAUUGCUCACAAUGUGGGUCACAAUGUGGGCAAUAUUGCGCGCGAGAUCACCCGCGAGUUAACCCACCCGCAACAGCGAGGAUCAAGGGCUGUCACAGGAAAAGGAAGGGAGGCUGCGGAUAAAGCAAGGAGGCGCGCAGAACUUGCAAGAUUGCGGGAAACACACACGUUGAAGGGCCACCUUGAAUCAGUGUCAAGGUUGAAAGGGCUUGAUGGAAGCGCAGCAGACAACUUCUACACCUUCAAUCCCUUGUUUAGAGGGCUUCCUCAACCGAGCCAAGAUGCUUCUCAAGCUAAUAAUGCUGGUGCUGAGAGUUCCGAUGCGGGAGGAAGGUCAGAGAAUAGGAGAUACUCGAUCUCCUAGCACAGGAGUUAAGUUUCAUUCCUCUCUGCUUCUAACCCUGUACUUCUCUCUACGAUUUUGGUCCCAACCUAGUCUAUUUGUCUUGAAUGCUACAGAUUUGUCUAUAUCCGCUGUAUCUUGACAAAUGAUGUGUGGCAUCGUAUCCUCCAAAGAACACAUAGAAGUCCAUCAGCCAAGUGUCUCUUAGCUCCUUUUCUUGGGAUUGCAGAUUUUGCCUUAUUUCUAGGUGAAGAGAGAUGCUUGCAUAGGAACAAUAGUAGCUGGAAUGUAUUACUCCAGCCUUCGGUAACAAUGAGGGUUUGGACGUUGGUCAAUUCUUGUACAGCAAGGACAUUGUACACAUAUAUUGAGGUUCUCUUGCCAGAGCAGCUGUGCUUCCUGAGGACAAAUCGAGGAAUCAAGUUGCAUUGAUCUUUGUCAGCAUUUUACCUUUUAAUCGGCUAAUACGAGUUGAACUGGUCUUCUUUAUUCAAGUACGACGGGAAAAACAGAGCAAAUGAGAGUAGUGUUGUUGUAAAGCUCCGCACUAGUAGACGCCCUUGUGCGAAUUAAACCAAUGGCGACAUUCUGGGUAACAAAUAAAGUAUCUCCUGAUUCCAGGAUCCAGUUUGACAUGUUUAUUUAGAUACGCUAACCAGUUUAGCUUAUGGUAUUCCAACUUGUUAACUUGGGUGACAUGUGUUUAGUGCCGUGCUACUGGAGAUCAACAGCAGCAUCACUUCACUUUCUCCCUUUGCCAAGUGUUUUGUCACCCAUACAUUUUUUACCAAAGUCUUCUGUUCUUGGGACUGGUUUCCCGCUUCUCUUUCAUCAUGUUCGUUAUACUGUACUCUCGGGUUAUGCCAUUUAGGCUUGCUCAUACGUUUGAACACAGGCUUGACUUGCAGAGGAGCCAUAAUAACCUGGCUUACUCUACCCAACCUGGUUGGGAUAGUUUCAUUGAUGAGAUCUGUGGAUACCUUGGAGAUUUUGGUGCUUCGGUUAGUCAAGGUUUCGGGUUCAGCGAGAGAGGAAGAAGUUCUAUGUCGAUGCAUUGUUGGUAAUCUGCCCUUCGAUCUGCUACACCUCUAUGCAACCAGAGGUAAGAAGCUCCGGGCUGCUGGCGCGUUUACGCUGUUAACUUUUUAGGGCGACCGGGUCUUUGGGGUUUGGACAGGCUCUCUCAGGCAGAGAUUAAGAUUAAACAUUGCAGAACGAGGAGUCACAACCCACAAAAGCUAAAGUCUGUGUUAGGCAAGCAUAUUAGCUAAAAUUUGCAGAAAUGGUUUUAAAGGGCCACAUGUGUAUGACAAGGCUGCAAGUUGUUAAGUGCACGCUGAGCUGUACCCACC